CAUCCUUGCAUCACCCUUGGACAGUACCGAAAAGAAGGGUCUUCAGGUGGGGGUUCAGCUUCCGGCCAGUGUCCAGUCAGGGCCUCAGCAGCAGAACCAGCUCCUCUUGACUCCAGCGAGUCUCCAGCUCGCUCACCUCCAGGCCCAGCUUACACUCCAACGUCUCAAAUUGGCUCAGGGAGGCGGCGGUGCCACCGCUGCCAGUGUUCUCAACCAGUUCCUCUCCAAUGUGAACAUGUCCCAGCCGCUGUUAAAUCAGCUACGAACUUCGGCGAUGGUUGGGAAUCCGCAGGGUGCCUUCCCCGCUGGAGUGAUGGGUUUCCCCUCUUCACAUUCUGCCAUGGGAGCCAUAGUGGGUGGUGGGUUCAACCAAAACCCAGGGAAUGUUGGACUGAAUCAUCCCAGUGGAGCGGGAACAAAGGUCCAACAGGGUGGAAAGUCUGGGUCAACAUAUCCUCCUGACACUGACAGAAGACUUCAGUUCAACUUAGCUGGAGGGACAUCUGUUGAUGGACAGCUCAAUAAAAACAUGAGCAAUGCUGGUUUUCAGAGAGAUCUGUAUGGGCAGAGUAUGUCGGGACAACCAUCUGGGUUUCCUACCAAUGAACAAAUGAGUGCUUGUAACUCUGCUCACAAGGAACAAUGGCAAGGCCCCACUAACCUAACACCAACUGGAAAUAUGGAUAUGGUAACCAACCCUCCUACAGUGUGGACUAAAGCUGUCCAGCCCAUGUGGUCCAGAACAGAAGUGUAUAACCCAGAAGAGCCAACCUCUGAGGCCAAGUCAAACUGCAACCUUGGGCUUCCCUCUUUUGGUUCAAGCGGCACGCAGGGGUUUGGAAAUUAUCAGUGUGAGGAGACGUUACCUUCAGGUAGCAGGACACUUCAGCCCUAUCAAGUCAAUGAUUAUUAUGGUGUCACACCUGAUGAGCUACCACACCAGUGUAGCAUCUGUGACAAAAAAGUCUAUAACCUGAAGGAUUGGGACCAGCAUGUAAAAGGAAAACUACAUCUGCAAAAUCAAACCUUGUACACAAAUGAAAGCUCAGCGGCUCAGUAUGCGGUCUCGAGGCCUUCUGAUGGAGCUCUGAACCCAGGAGGAACCAACUCAGUCUGCUCUGCUACCAGCCAAGAUGUGUCCUCAGGAACCAACACGUCAUACUUACCAGAAGCAGCAGCCAUGAAGCCUUACCCCGUGUCUGACACAAUGUUUGCUUCACAGCAGCCCGAGUCAAAGCCAUUUCCACCUAGAAAGGCUUCAGUAGGUCGUGUUGUUCACAUCUGCAACCUCCCCGAAGGCAGCUGCACGGAGAAUGACGUCAUCAACCUGGGCCUACCCUUCGGCAAAGUCACCAAUUACAUCCUUAUGCGUUCAACCCAUCAGGCUUUUCUGGAGAUGGCAUAUAUUGAAGCAGCUCAGGCCAUGGUUCAGUACCACCAACUGACCCCAGCCAUGAUUAACAACCAGAAACUCCUCAUAAGGAUGUCUAAGAGGUACAAGGAGCUUCAGCUCAAGAAACCAGGUAAAGAUGUACAAUCAAUCAUCAAAGAUAUCGCUUCACAACGAGAGCGAGAUCAGAUGCAAGAACUUGAACACUACCUGCCAGAGAGACCUCGCUCCCGCAGCCCCAUCAGCCGGUCUCUGACCCCUCAUUCCCACAGUCCUAGUUUUACAUCAUGCAGCUCAGCCCACAGCCCCCAAGGAGCGACCCACAGGGCUCCAGAUCGAGGGAGCAAUGGGCUGAGUCCCCACCGGGGCUCUUGGGAUUGUUUACCACACCUGAGAAGAGCUGAGGAUGAAAGGGAGCGAGAGCAUUUUUGGAGAAACGGUGGCAGCAUGGACGACGAUCGACCCAAUGGACGAACGUCGGAGCGUCUGAAGACUUACCAGAAAUACUCGGGCCAUCUCGGUUCGAGAGCCGCAGAUGAGAAAGGAAGUGAAGGGAUGAGAAGCAGCAGAGACCGUCACCCACGAGACAACCCUCAAGGUUUCAACUCGUACAGAAGCGUGGAAGAUGACUUCUACCUGGAGCACGUGUACAAGUCAGACAAGGAACUCAGAACUUCUCACCAACGGCACGAUUCAAAGCCCAAGAGGAGGGAUGGUGGCAGCUACCAUGUUCGGUCCAGACAUUCUGAGUUUGAGAUGAGCGAGGCGCUGCCAGGCAGGACAUCAGAGGACAAGAGGACAAGCUCACCAGGCAAGGACAGGAACAGAAAGAUGAGCAGAAGGCACACAAUCACAGAAAAACAGACAAAAGAAACUGAAAAUACUGAAUCUCUGCUGAAAGAAAAAGCAGCUUCACCUCAGCAAAGUCACAAGUCAAAAGAGGAAUGUGACAAAGAUAAAGACAAUGAAAAGAAAUUGGAAAAUAAUGAAGACACAGAUGAAGAGUGUUGGUAUCCUAAGAAUAUGGAGGAGCUGGUCACUGUGGAUGAAGUGGGAGGAGAAGAUGAUUCCAUCGUUGAACCAGACCUUUCUGAGCUGGAGGAGUUUGUAACCGGCCCCAAAGAGGUUGUCGUGGCAGAACCAAAAGUAAAGCAGGAAUCACCAACAGCAUCAUCUCUGGAAGUACAGAAAGCAUCCGAGGAGAAAUCUGAGCAAGGGAAGUCCUGGGGCGAUGUAGGACAAGUAUCUACAUGUCUAACUGAGAAAGCAGAGGAUAGAGUAACUGCAUUGAUCAGCAAAGAAGAGAAAAGUCAUUCAGUGACUUCUGAGCUACAAGUCAAGGAUAUUUGUGAUUUUCCCAGUGAGGAGUUCAAGGCUGCACUGGAGGAAACCUGCUUGAAAGAGAGCAAUGUCUGUAACAAUCAGGCUUCAGAUGAACCAAUGGAAAAUCCUAUUUGUUUAUCAGAGGACAGCAAAAACCAAGAGGACAGACCAGUAUUGGAAAUCAUCCAUAAUGGAGUACAACAGAAGGAUUAUGCUCUUAAUAAAAAAGAUAUUGAAGCAUCAUCUUCAUCCCUGGAGCAAAACAAAGCCGUCAGUGAACACAGCAUCCCUUUGGAAAUAUCUGUCCCAGUUGGCAGAGGAGAGUCUGCGGAGUGGAAUCACCGAACAACCGUCUGCACAGUGACACCAUCCUGACCUUUGACCUCUGGCCUACAAACCGCAGAGGAGGAUUAGCAAACGUGCAGUUUGUGCAACACUUUGGGAAAUGAAAACUUUGACAAUGUGAAACAAAGAAGCUUGAAUUUGUGGACAGCUGUAAUAAUUAUUUGUUUUUGUUCAGGGGGACACUGAGGUCUUGAAUUUUUCAGUUUUGUACAUACUCAAAGAGAAAUGAGGACACAGGAUUUAGCUUCAUUUUUUUAUUAGUUAUUUUAAAAAAAUAAUGAAUUUCCUUUAAGUGCACUUAAAAUAUUUCAUGUU